CUCUGACCAGAUGUUGCAGCAGUCAAUUAAUGUGGCUGAUCAAUUUCAUCUGCUGGCCCGUGGUGAUUCCCAGGAUCAUGCUGGUGUGCAAGCUGAGGUAAAAAGGUUGUCGACCCCUGUAUUGUAAUGUGGAAAGGACUGGAAGGUCGAGAGCAGAAUACAUCAUAAUGAAGUGAAUGUGCAAAGAGAGACAGGCAAUACCUCUCCAAAAAGCACAGAGAAGACUGGUGCUCGGGGCUCUGCUUCCGUCUAAACACUUGGGAUAGCAGAUUUUUGGGAUGUGAGAAGAAACUGGGGCACCUGGAAGAAACUUACAGGAUCACAGAGAGAACGUGAAGAUCCUGCAUAGAAAGCACCCAAGGUCAGGAUCAAAUCUGGGUCCCAGGAGCAACAAGGCAGCAGCACCAAUGAUUGUACUAUCAUAUCAGCCGCCAUAAUAGAGUGGCACCUUUCACAGCAAGUGUAUGAAAAUCUCUGGGAGAACACAUUGACCAGAGGAAACGCAACAGUGGAAAUAGCUGAAAUAUCAAAGGUAUCUCGCCGCCCAAAGCUUCGCUGUCUUCGACUAAUUCUUGCACUGAUAAGCGCUCAACCAGUUUCCGGAAAACUAGCCACUCUUGGGCGAUUAUUGCGGUCAGGCAAUGAGAUUGUGAGAGGUAUCACGCUUAAUGCUGCAAGCCAGCCUCUCCACCCACAUGCACUCUCCGGCAGGUCCUAGGCUGGAGCGGCACCAGCGGAAGGAGAGAGGCAGCGUCCCCGCUCGGUACGGCGCCAGGUCUCAGACGGAAAGGAGCGGAGACUCGGAGUUGCAGAGGACAAGGUUAAUGGCACAGACAACUUGGAUUUAAAGAGGUAGUGUCUCUUUGUAUUCUCCACUCCAAAAUAAGGGACUUCAUCAACACCAUGGCUUUCUGGACAUUAUUUCAUCCAAGUUUAUGCCUGCUUUUGCUACUGUCCACCAGACCAGUGUCCACAAGAGAGGGGUCAGAAAAGGAACAUGUGAAAGAAAUAAUGCGAGCAGCCCCGUUGAUUGAUGGCCACAAUGAUUUAGCACUCCAGCUAAGAAAGUACUUUAGCAACAACCUGACUGCAGUUGAUCUGAAUACUCUGACCAAGACCCGUACAAAUGUUAACAAAUUGAAAGAAGGAAAUGUGGGAGCUCAGUUGUGGUCUGCAUAUGUCCUAUGCUCCUCCCAGAAUAAGGAUGCAGUUCGCUUAACCCUGGAACAAAUCGAUGUCAUCAAACGGAUGUGCAGGAAGUAUCCAGAAUUUGAAUUUGUCACAUCUUCAGAAGCCUUGAACAACACUAAAAAGAUAGCCUGUCUGAUCAGUAUUGAAGGAGGACACUCAAUUGACAGCAGUUUGGCAACCUUAAGAAUGUUUUAUGAACUUGGAGUACGUUCGAUGUCCUUGACCCACAAUUGCCACACACCCUGGGCGAAAAGUGCAGUAAUUAGUCGUGCUAACAUUUAUGACAUAAACACGAAUUUAACACAGUUUGGUCAGGAGGUGGUACUGGAGAUGAAUCGACUGGGGAUGAUAAUAGAUCUUUCCCACACUGCCACAGACACAGCAGAGAUGGUCCUAAAGGUUUCCCAGGCUCCGGUCAUAUUCAGUCAUUCAUCAGCCUAUGCCAUCUGCAAGCAUCCCCGGAAUGUUCCAGAUAAGCUUCUUCACUUGAUCAAAGAGAAAGAAGGUCUCGUGAUGGUGAACUUUUACCCUGGUUUUGUGGCCUGUCAGGAGCUGGCAAACAUUUCUCUAGUUGCAGAUCACUUUGACCACAUCAAGAAGAUCGCUGGAUAUCAGUCGGUUGGAAUAGGGGGGGACUAUGAUGGUGCUUCCGGUUUUCCUCAGGGUCUCGAAGAUGUGUCAAAAUAUCCUGCACUCAUAGAAGAAUUGCUGAAGCGGAACUGGCUGGAAAAAGAAUUGAAAGCUGUAUUGCGAAAUAACUUUCUCCGUGUUUUCCAGAGAGUUGAAGAGGUUAAAGAGGAUCUGAAGAAGUUGCCACCCAGUGAAAAGGAAAUUCCCUACGAGGAAGUUAAGAAUCCUUGUCGCUUGAAUCUCAGGAAUCCUUUCCCAUCUCAAAACGGGUCAAAAAGCAAAAUAAUGGACACUACUUUCAUCACCCUAUCGGCCAUUAUUGUCACCACCAUUUGCACCAUCUGAACUGAACAGUGAAUCCAAUCAAAGAUUCUUGGCAAUAAAGCACUUCCAAAUGUUUCUGUGGAGAAGUGAAAUAAACAUAAACUUAUUACAGUCAGAAGUAGAGAGGGAUAAAUCAGUCCCUAACUAAAAUAGAUGUCUCAAAUUCAUUAAUUUCUGAUUCCCACAACAAAAUGAGAAUAUUGAAAAACUCAACAAAUCUCUUCCUUUUACUUUAUCCUGGUGGUUUUCUGACAAAAGGAUGCUUAGUAAGUGGGAGGCCUUCAAAAGUGAUAUUUUGAGAGUACACUUUGUAUGUUUUUGUUAGAAUAAAAGGCAAGAAACAUAAGGUUGCAAUAGUAGGUGAUCUUAACUUUCCAUAUAUUGAUUGGGACUCCCAUACUGCAAAAGGGCUGGUUGGGAACGAGUUUGUCAAAUGUGUUCAGGAAAGUUUCCUUAAUCAGUAUAUAGAAGUUUCAAUUAGAGGGAGUGUGAUACUAGAUCUCCUAUUAGGGAAUGAGACGGGACAGGUGAUAGAAGUUUGUGUAGGGGAACAAUUUGUAUCCACUGCCAUUAGUUUCAAGGUAGUUAUGGAAAAGAAUAGUACUGGUCCUUGCACUGAGAUUCUAAAAUGACAGCACAGAGUUUGUAUUUUCCUGCCAGAUUAAAAAGCAAGGAUAGCAGGUUUUGGGAACCUUGGUUUUCAAGAGCAUUUGAGGCCCUGGUUAAGAAAGAGAAGGAGGUGCAUCGCAGGUAUAGGCAGGCAGGAGCAAACGAGGUCCUUAAGGAGUAUGAGAAAUACAAGAGAACACCUAAGGAUAUCUGGAGGGUUAAAAGAAGAUAUGAACUUUCUCUUUCAGACAAGGUGAAGGCUCAAUGUGGUAAUCUGUGCAUGGAGGGAGAACGUAAAUGAAUAUUUUGAAUCUGUAUUUAUUCAGAAUGUGUAGAUGUAUGGCAAUGCAGCAGCCAUGUCAUAGACUCUAUGCAGGUUACAGAGGAGGAGGUGUUUGCUGCCUUGUGGCAAAUUUGGGUGGAUAAAUCCCCAGGGCCCAACAAGGUGUUCCACUGAAUGCUGUGCGAGGCUAGUGCUGAAAUUGCAGUGGCCCCAGCAGAGGUAUUUAAAACAUCCUUACCCAUGGGUGAGGUGCCAGAGGAGAGGAGGAUACGUAGUUAAUGCUGUUCUGUUGUUUAAGAACAUCUCUAUGAAUAACUUGAAAUUGUAGGCCGUUGAGCAUGACAUCAGUUGUGGGAAAGUCAUUGGAAGGUAUUCUAUGGUACUGGAUAUCCAAGUAUUUGGAUAGACAGAUACUGAUUCGGGAUAAUCAACAUGACUUUGUGCAUGCUACAGUAAGUUGUGUCUAACCAAUCUUAGAGAGUUUUUGAGGAAAUUAGCAUGAAAGCUGAUGAAGGCAAGGCAGUAGAUGUUGUCUACAUGGACUUUAGCAAGGUCUUUGACAAGGUCCCACAUGGGAGUUUGAUCAAGAAGGUUCAUUUGCUUGGCUGAAAUUGGAUUAGAUAUUGGCUUUGUGGAAGAAGCCAGAGAGUGGUUGUAGAUGGUUGCCUCUCUGGAGGCUUGUGACUACUGGAGUGCCACAGGGAUUGGUGCUGGGUCUGUUGUUGUUUGUCAUCUACAACAACAAUCUGGAUGAUAAUGUGGUUAACUGGAUCAGCAAAUUUGCAGAUGACACCAAGAUUGGGGAUGUAGUGGACAGUGAGGAAGACUAUCAAAACUUGCGGCAGAAUCUGGUCCAGCUGGCGAAAUGGGUUGAAAAACGACAGGUGGAAUUUAAUGUAGACAAGUGUGAAGUGUUGCACUUUGAGAGGACAAACCAGGGUGGGUUUUACACAGUGAGCGGUAGAAUACUGAGGAGUGUGGUAGAACAGAGGGGUCUGGGAGUGCAGGUGGAGUCACAAGUAGAGAGUUGUAAAGAAAGUUUUUGGUAUAUUAGCCUUCAUAAAUCAAUGUAUUGAAUGCAAGAGUUGGGAUAUUAUUGUUAUUGAAAUUACAUAAGACAUUGGUGAGGCUUAAUUUGGAGCACUGUGUUCAGUUUUAGCCACAUACCUAUAGGAAAGGUGUAAAUAAGAUUGAAAGAGUACAUAGAAAAUUUACAAGGAUGUUGCUAGAAAUUAAGGACCUCAGAUGUAGGGAAAAGUUGAAUAGGUGAGGACUUUGUACCCUAGAACAUAGGAGAUUGAGGAAAGAUUUGACAGAGGUAUUCAAAAUUAUAGACAGGGUAAGUGCAAACAAGCUUUUUCCACUGACGUUGGGUGAGAGUAGAACUAGAGGUCAUACAUAAGGGUGAAAGGUGGGAUGUUUAAGGGGAACUUGAGGGGAAACUUCUUUACUCAGAGGGUGUUGAGAGCGUGGAAUGACUUGUUAGCUCAAGAGGUGGAUGCAGUGUCGAUUUCAAGAUUUAGAACAUAGAAUAGUACAGCACAGUACAGGCCCUUCGGCCCACAAUGUUGUGCCGACCCUCAAACCCUGCCUCCCAUAUAAGCCCCCACCUUAAAUUCCUCCAUAUACCUGUCUAGUAGUCUCUUAAACUUCACUAGUGUAUCUGCCUCCACCACUGACUCAGGCAGUGCAUUCCACGCACCAACCACUCUCUGAGUAAAAAACCUUCCUCUAAUAUCCCCCUUGAACUUCCCACUCCUUACCUUAAAGCCAUGUCCUCUUGUAUCGAGCAGUGGUGCCCUGGGGAAGAGGCGCUGGCUAUCCACUCUAUCUAUUCCUCUUAUUAUCUUGUACACCUCUAUCAUGUCUCCUCUCAUCCUCCUUCUCUCCAAAGAGUAAAGCCCUAGCUCCCUUAAUCUCUGAUCAUAAUGCAUACUUUCUAAACCAGGCAGCAUCCUGGUAAAUCUCCUUUGUACCCUUUCCAAUGCUUCCACAUUCUUCCUAUAGUGAGGUGACCAGAACUGGACACAGUACUCCAAGUGUGGCCUAACCAGAGUUUUAUAGAGUUGCAUCAUUACAUCGCGACUCUUAAACUCUAUCCCUCAACUUAUGAAAGCUAACACCCCAUAAGCUUUCUUAACUACCCUAUCCACCUGUGAGGCAAAUUUCAGGGAUCUGUGGAAACGUACCGCUAGAUCCCUCUGCUCCUCCACACUACCAAGUAUCCUGCCAUUUACUUUGUACUCUGCCGUGGAGUUUGUCCUUCCAAAGUGUACCACCUCACACUUCUCUGGGUUGAACUCCAUCUGCCACUUCUCAGCCCACUCCUGCAUCCUAUCAAUGUCUCUCUGCAAUCUUUGAUAAUCCUCUACACUAUCUACAACACCACCAACCUUUGUGUCAUCUGCAAACUUGCCAACCCACCCUUCUACCCCCACAUGCAGGUCGUUAAUAAAAAUCAUGAAAAGUAGAGGUCCUAGAACAGAUCCUUGUGGGACACCACUAGACACAAUCCUCCAAUUUGAAUGUACUCCCUCCACCACCACCCUCUGCCGUCUGCAGGCAAGCCAAUUCUGAAUCCACCUGGCCAAACUUCCCUGGAUCCCAUGCCUUCUAACUUUCUGAAUAAGCCUACUGUGUGGAACCUUGUCAAAUGCCUUACUAAAAUCCAUAUAGAUCACAUCCACUGCACUACCCUCAUCUAUAUGCCUGGUCACCUCCUCAGAGAACUCUAUCAGGCUUGUUAGACACGAUCUGCCCUUCACAAUGCCAUGCUGACUGUCCCUGAUCAGACCAAGAGAAAUUUGAGUAAGUACAUGAAUGGGAGGGGAAUGGAAGGCACUGGUGCAGUGCAAACCAGUGGAAGUAGGCAGAAUAAUAAUCCGGUAUGGAUUAGAUGGGUUGAAGAAUUUCUGUGCCGUAGUGCUCUAUGACACUGUAUUUAAUUUUUGCUGAGCUGUUAAACUGGAUACACUUAUUAUGUAAAUCACUUUAACAUGAGAGGGGUAUU